CGGUGGGGGGACGGGCCCUGCCUUGCCGCAGCUGCCGCGUGCAGGGUGGGGAGUGGGAAGCCCUUAGCCGAGUCACUGGCGCCGGCUCAGGGCUCUUCCUUCUCUCCCCGGAGCUGGCGGGGAGCAGUGAUUGAGCCCGAGCAGGACAGCGAACUGUCUUCAAGAAAAGCAGAAACGCCGACCAAGCCUUCCGUGCUGCCGGCCAUGGUGCAGAACAGACCAGCGCACCCCAACUACCGCCAGAAGGGGGUGGUCGACGUCUUCCUGCAUGCAUGGAAGGGAUACCGCAAGUUCGCCUGGGGCCAUGACGAGCUGAAGCCCGUGUCCAGGUCCUUCAGCGAGUGGUUUGGCCUUGGCCUCACUCUGAUCGACGCCCUGGACACCAUGUGGAUUUUGGGUCUGAGAAAAGAAUUUGAAGAAGCCAGGAAGUGGGUGUCAAAGAAGUUACACUUUGAAAAGAAUGUCGACGUUAACCUGUUUGAGAGCACGAUCCGGGUCCUGGGGGGGCUUCUGAGUGCCUACCACCUGUCUGGGGACAGCCUCUUCCUGCGGAAAGCCGAAGAUUUUGGAAAUCGGCUGAUGCCUGCCUUCAGAACGCCUUCUCAGAUUCCUUACUCCGAUGUGAACAUUGGCACUGGAGUUGCCCACCCACCACGAUGGACCUCAGACAGCACGGUGGCCGAGGUGACGAGCAUCCAGCUGGAGUUCCGAGAGCUCUCGCGUCUCACGGGCGUUAAGAAGUUUCAGGAGGCUGUGGAGAAGGUGACGAAGCACAUCCACUCCCUCUCUGGGAAGAAGGACGGGCUGGUGCCCAUGUUCAUCAACACCCACAGCGGCCUCUUCACCCACCUGGGCGUGUUCACCUUGGGUGCCCGGGCCGACAGCUACUACGAGUACCUGCUGAAGCAGUGGAUCCAGGGCGGGAAGAAGGAGACACAGUUACUGGAAGACUACAUUGAGGCCAUCGAGGGGAUAAAAACACACCUGCUGCAGCGAUCCGAACCCAGUAAGCUCAUCUUCGUGGGGGAACUUGCCCACGGCCGCUUUAGCACCAAGAUGGACCAUCUGGUGUGCUUCCUGCCAGGGACGCUGGCUCUGGGCGUCCACCACGGCCUUCCCGCCGACCACAUGCAGCUGGCGCGGGAGCUCAUGGAGACGUGUUACCAGAUGAACCGUCAGAUGGAGACGGGGCUAAGUCCUGAGAUCGUGCACUUCAACCUUUACUCCCAGCCGGGCCAUCGGGACAUUGAGGUCAAGCCGGCCGACAGGCACAACCUGCUGCGGCCCGAGACGGUGGAAAGCCUGUUCUACCUGUACCGACUCACGGGGGACCGCAAGUACCAGGACUGGGGCUGGGAGAUCCUGCAGAGCUUCAGCAGGUUCACUCGGGUGCCCUCGGGCGGCUAUUCCUCCAUCAACAACGUUCGGGAUCCCCAAAAGCCGGAGCCCAGGGACAAGAUGGAGAGCUUCUUCCUGGGGGAGACGCUCAAGUACCUGUACCUGCUCUUCUCCGACGACCCAGACCUCCUCAGCCUGGACACGUACGUGUUCAACACCGAGGCCCAUCCCCUGCCCAUCUGGACCCCCGCCUAGUGGGGCUGGCUCCCGGUGGGGACUGCUAGGUGGGCAGAGGUGCCUUCUCGGGUCUGAGACGUCUUCAAAGGGCCCACGUGGUACUGGGCAGCUGCUGAACGUCACGUGCUCCUGCCUGGCUCUGGGCUCCUUGACUCUGCUUCUCAUCAGAACACGUAAGAAUAGAAUCGGGCGUGUGACUCAGGGUGGGCCAGUGCACCAGGAGCCUUCUGCCACCCUCUUUGAGAAAACUGCAAUCAUGGCUCAUAAUUCCUGAAACCUGAACGUCCUACUGGCCAACUUCACAGUGGUCCUGCGGCUUCUGGUCCCCCGUGGGGGGCCGCUCAGGACCCCGGAGCUUGAGUUGUGUUCAGAGAGAGGAAGAGGAACCCAGUGUACAGCCCAGAUCUGCUCUGCUUGGGUUCCUGGAACCUUGAAUGUCCCACGCACGGGUCUCAAGGGGCCCUGAUGCCAGGCCUGGCUCUUGUGUUUACACGCCGGACUCAGGGAUCCUCCAGGCGCCCUGGAGGGAGCUCGGAGGGGCAAGGGGGCGAAUUCCUGCUGCUCCCGGCCCACUUGGACAGAUGGGUCUUCUCAGUGAAGAUAAAAGUCGA